AAAAAAAAAAAAAAAAAAAAAAACAAACGUCAACCAUCACUAUUAUUCUACCCUAAUCACAUCGGUUUCCCACACCUCUGCCUUAGUGGUUAGUGAUUUUCCUUGCACCGGUGGCCGUGCCAUCUCAUGAACAAUCAUGGCAUCAUGCGGAAAGCUAUUGCCACGGGGACUGGCCAGGGGGAUGGCUCUGAUAUCUCGACCCCUUUAGGUAACAGCAACCGCUUGAGGGCCUCUGGCGCGCCACGCGCCACUCCCUGUGCUCCCCAACAUGUGCCGCCGAGUGCUGCAGCGAGAUCGGCAUCCAGCAAACCGCAAGGAGGUACCAACAAGUCUUUCGAGUUCGUUUUGGUCACGGACUCAGAGUCCAGAAAGCAGGUUCGACGCCAUGCGAUGCGACAGUAUAUGCGCCAGCGGCGUCUUGACGGCAUCGCACGCCUGGAAUCAAGUCGCGCUCAGGUUAGAAGUUGGAACGCGGGCAACACUUCCGCAAGCGCAACCCUUCUUUCGCCGGCUUCGUCGAGAAUUGAGUCGCUAGAUAAGAAUGAGAAGACUGUUGAUACCAAGAAUACCCCAAGUGAUUGGAGUCGGGAUCGUGUCGUUUCAACUGAACUACACACACCUAAGCUAGAUGAUGAUGACAAUAUGACAAACGAUACUGAUGAACAUAUGUCCACAUUCCUCCAGGAGAUUCAUUCUUCAAACCUCAACGUAGUGCCAGGUUCAGGAUAUCUAGAUCCUUUUAGCAGCUACCCGUUGAAAUUGACCCGACCUGAUCAAAAUCUGAUACACCAUUUCGUCACCACAUACCCCAUGAUGAUGUAUAAAAUGGGCGAUGCGUAUCAAGACAACCCAAUUAAAGGGAUAUUCCAUCACUUGACUUUGCACGACCCAGUCCCAUUCCAGGCGAUGCUCGCCAUUUCCUCAAAGCACCUAACUGGUGCGGCGGGUCAGAAUGAGUCUGUUCAAUCGCUGACUCACAAAAUGCGAGCUUUGAGGUUAUUAAACGAACGCCUCCAGAGCGACGUAGGCGGAAAGUAUGAUGGUACAAUCUACGCGGCUGCAACUAUGGCCGUGAUCGAAAAAUGGUCCAAGGACCCAGCAGUUGAACGCAUGCAUCAUCAAGGCAUCCGGCAAAUAGUGCGACGCCGUGGCGGUAUGUGUGGUGUGAGGGCCUCCAGCCCUUUCUUAGAAAGUGUCCUCUAUUGGGUUGAUUUCAGCAGCGCUCCAAGGGCUAUCGUGGGAGCUAGCCUUCCUUGGACUGGCGAUAUACCUGAUACGGUACCUUCGAGUCUGCCAUACCUGUCUUCCGAACUUCAUAUUCCUCUGACUCCACUCCAUCACUCUAUGGGUACGGACCCGGAGGAAAUAUCGAGUGCAUUACGAGCGUGUGAAGAUUUCCUAACAUUUUUCUGCUCUCUCGAUGAAUUACAACUUUCACUUAUUACUAGUGCGGUCCCUCCUUCCCAAAGCUUCCAUCAUCAGGGUCAAGACUUUCAACGGCCGAGGCUGAAUCUUUUUGACCCGUCAACACCUCUAUAUUCCAUCCUUACCACUCUCCCUGAUUACGAUCACGGUAUCCGUGACAUUCGCUUUAUCGAUGAGUAUUCCUGCAUGGCCUGUCUACUUUAUCUCAACAUUGCGUUGUACGACUUCUAUUUUACCUCACGUAAUUUUGACCACUAUCUUGAGUGGGUCACAAUGGAGCUCAAAAAAAUUAAUCCACAUUCAACCCCUAGCAUCUCGUCACUGCUAUGGGUAUUCUUAGGACAUGGAGGGUACAUGGCGAACGAACCUGCAGAUAAAGGAGAGCGAAGCUGGUUCGUAUCACGAAUGUUGCGUGUAGCCAAGAAGCUCGAGUGGAAACGAGGUGGGACAUCAUGGGACAAUCUACGCAGUACCCUGCUUGGGUUUUUAACCACGCACGUGGAAUGUGGAAUCGGGAGCUAUCAGAUUACCGAAGCGGAAACGCUCGCCCGACAAAAUCGUCCUAGCUUGCGAUGGGAUGAAGAUGAAAUGCGGAGAGACAUCUUAGGGCCGUUAUACACUGGCCCUCCCGUUUUUUCUAUGGAUCCCAAUCCUGAAAAUAUGAACCACACACUGCUUCCAUUAACAGCUCCUGAUUACGAACCGUCAAGCUUCAAAUUAUGAUAAUUUGAAACGACCAGCGAUAUACCUUCCAACGUGCGGCUUUCGAAUGCCGAUUUUCCUAUUUAGCAUGUUCUUAUCUCUGAUUUCGUUGUCAAAAGAUGUUUAACGCGUGAAGGAUAAGGGAAUGACAUGUACAGUGCAUUAUUUUUGAUCUGCCCUCUCGUUCUAUGUGUCAUUUAUAAUUCGCUGGCAGGAGUUCUAUAGUGGCUCAGCAACACGACCCGUGAUGCCUCACGAUAAGUAACGAUUUGAUUCCCCCACAUAUUCGCACAAUCUUUCCUUUUAGGAUAUGGAUUAUUUUAUCGGAUAUUUUUGAGAUUAGUUUAUGUGCAUAUGGGUGACUUUUUUUUUGGACUUUUCGUGGCAAUUGAUUAAUCUUUAUAAAAAGGCAACCGGUAGCUCAGGUGCAUAGUGCAGUUUAACGUUUCUUUCAAAAGCAGUGAAGUCCCUUUGCUCCUUUUGCAUGUCCUGCGUUCUAGCAUUGCGUUUUGCCUUGAGUCUUUUUAUAGGUUCAAAAUAUAUAGGUUUCAAGUUCUACGAGUUUUUGCUUCGCACUUUGGAAAAGGAAGAAAAUGAAGAGAUAACACCUGCGCACUUCUUCGUAUCAUUCUUAACUUGUUAUUUUCAACAGAUAUGCAUUUUUUAUCUCAUUUUGGUGUUGCCCCUGAAAGCCCCGCCCUCCGCCCUCCCAAGGGCGCUGCAUUUCUUCUGCUAAUUCCACUCUACACUUCAUCUCGGAAAGUUUAGAGGCGAUAUUCUACUCAUAUAAAAGCACUUUAGAAUGAUUCUAUUAAGUUUUAGUAUUCUACUCUACACGUCAUAUUAUAAUAGAAAUUAUAAAGUAUUAAAGUUGCGUCUACACAGAUAUCGACUCGUCUCGCGAUUGAGCAAGCGGGCGUGCAAGUAUUUUGUGUAUGGUAGGUUGCAGGUGAGCUGUAAGAAGGCGGAAAGAACAAAGGUGAAGGAAAUCUCAGAUAUAGUAUGACAUUCCGAUCUAUAUGAAGGGAGAAGAGAUUAACCUAGGUGUUGUGCAAAGAUUAAAAUAAAAAGGGAAGAGAAAAAUAAGCAGGGAUAACUAGAGGAUAUGGACAAA